AUGAAUGGUGAAUUACUAUCCAAACCGCAGCCUCUCGACUUUGCUAACACUUUCAGGACCUGCACUUUGCAUGGUCGACUUCUUCACUUGAAGCAGGACUCAACUCAUCUGCACUAUCGGGUCACCUUUCCAGCACCCAAACCUUUGACGCCAGCACCCAACAACACAGAGGCUCUCCUAAGGCACUAUUUCAACCUGGAUACUAGUCUCGAGCCGCUUUACAAACAAUGGUCCGAUGCUGAUGCCAACUUCAAAAAGAGGGCUCCCCAGUUUAAGGGGGUUCGAAUUCUCAGUCAAGAUGCCUGGGAGACAUUGAUAUGUUUUAUCUGUAGCAGCAACAAUAAUAUUACCCGGAUAUCACAAAUGGUGUACAAGCUAUGUCAGAAUUACGGUCCGCUCAUUGCAUAUAUGGGAGACGAGCCAUUCCAUGACUUCCCAUCGCCUCAAGACCUUACGGGAGAUGAUGUUGAAUCGCACCUUCGAGAAUUAGGCUUCGGAUAUCGGGCAAAGUACAUUGCUGAAACAGCACGGAUGGUUGCCAACGAGAAGCCUGAAACCUGGUUGGAAAGCCUUCGAAAUCCCGACCAACCGGGCUUCAACACAACGCCUGUACCGAAGGAGAACCAUGCGAGUUACAAGGAGGCACUUGCGCAACUACUCACUUUGAAAGGGGUUGGUCCCAAGGUUGCCGACUGCGUAUGCCUCAUGGGCCUCGGCUGGGGAGAGGCAGUUCCUGUUGACACCCACGUUUGGCAAAUCGCUCAGCGAGACUAUAAGUUUGGAAAAUCAAAGGCCAAGACACUGAACAAGGCCACUUACGAGGCUGUUGGGGACCACUUCCGAAGCCUCUGGGGGCCGUUUGCCGGCUGGGCUCACUCAGUUCUCUUUACCGCUGAUUUGAGAGAGUUUGCAGCUCAGGCAGCAAAAGAAGAGGACGAGCCUCUUGUAGUCAAACUGACGGCGCAUGGUUCCACAGGACAUACGACAUCAAAAAUGAAGAAGACUAUCACGAUCACCGACAGUGACACAUUGGUAAAGGAAGAAACACAUGUCGUUGAACCCAGAUAUGAGCAAGGGUUGGGGGAGGUCAAACAGAUGAGAAGGUCAAAACGAGUGCGCACUUCGUAA